CACUUUUGUCGAAAUUCUAAACAAAAAUACUUCAAAAUGUUAAAAUGAUUUUUCAGGAAACUAAGUAUUGAAAAUGGGAGGAUUUUUAAUAUUUUUACUUGUAAUUUUUAUUAUAUUCUUAACGAUAUCAUGGAUUAUCCCAUGGAUUAUUUCAUGGCAUUUUGAGAGAAAAUAUAAUAUAUCCCUGAAUAUAGGAAGAAUUGGUUUACCAUAUUUGAAGCUUUGUGAUAUAAAUCUAUCAAAAAUGGUUUUAAUAUACAAAUUAAUGAAAUAGGGAUUAAAAGCAGUUUCCUGAACUCUGAACUGACAAAAUUAGUGACUCUGGUAGUAAAAGAUGUUAGAAUUAACAAGGACCUUAGUGAGAAAAGUUGGAUAAUUACAACAGUAAUCAUUCCAUUAGCGAAGUUAUUGACUUUCGUGAUAAGAAGUGCCACACUUCAUCAAUAGUUUUGCUCAGUUUAUGUCUGUAUAUAUCUACAAUGUCUCAGCAUUAUUCUUGAAACGCUCAACAUCUCCUGGUUGCUUAAUCCAUGCUGCUGCUAGUGAGCUACAUUUAGAUGGCAGCAUUCUCAAAAAUGCUCGAUCCCUUCUAGUGACAAUGAAUCUGAUAGAUGCAGAAAUAAAAGUUCUUGCACAUGCAGAUUAUAAUCAGAAAGAAGCUAGACUUGCUGAGUUUAGCUUUGGCAUGUCGGUGGAGACUGUCUUGGUAGCUCAGGGACCUUUGUCAGUCGAGAAGCUGGAUGUUAAAAUGUCUUGCACAAGUGUUAUCAUAAACACCGGCUUCUAUAAUUUAGCUCAUCAAGGGUCUAAGAAAACUGAAGUAACUACCCCCUGUAGUUACUAUAAAGAUGAAGAUAUUUUCAGAGGAUUUUACCAGUUAUACCAAAGGUAA